AUGUCUUUGGAAAAUAUUGAAGUUAAAUCAAAAGAAUCAGUUCACCAUAAAUUUAUGAAAAAAGCUCUUGCACAAGAGGCUUAUGAUCAAUUAGAAGUUCCGGUUGGAUGUGUGAUUGUAUUAAAUAAUGAGGUUAUUGAAUUAGAAGCGAUCGAUCAAAUACUGUACACAACAAAUUAUACAAGUGAUAUAUUUCAACAGUGUACAUUGUACGUUACUGUUGAACCUUGCGUUAUGUGUGCAUAUGCUAUAAGAAUAUUAAGAAUCAAACAUGUAUAUUAUGGAUGUUCCAAUGAGAGAUUUGGCGGAACUGGUUCAGUGUUUAAUAUUCAUAAUGACACUAAAUUAACAUUGCAUCCUGCUUAUCUGUGCGAAGGAGGAUACUAUCGUGAAGAAUCAAUAAUGUUAUUAAGAAAAUUUUAUGUUAGAGAGAAUAAAAAUGCACCUGAACCUAGGAGAAAACAUCAAAGAAUCUUGAAAACUGAAAUCAAACCUUCAAAUAAAUGA